AUGAUAAGCUAUCCUACCAAUAGCUUCGUGGCUGACGUCGACCUCGAGUGUCUGACCGCACUAGAAGCAAGAAUGUUCGAGGAUUCCGAAGAAGCAGGACCUGCAGGCAACCAGCAGUGGGGUUUGGAUGCUGGCCAACAUCACAGGCGAUGGAAUGUGUAUCUCGGAAUUCCUGAUGAAUGGGUUUCUGCAAGAGAUUAUAGCGAAAGUGAACUUGAAGUGAGGAAGACAUUACCUGCUCCGUUCGAUAGAUAUCUAACUUAUGUGAUUAACAGCGCGGCCCCUUAUUCAGUGAUAACUCUGAUGCUACAUCUGUGGAGUCUGCAGACGAGCUAUCCGAAGCUGUAG